AUGGUCAAGUACGGACAGCUGGUGAUUGGACCGCCUGGCGCAGGCAAAACGACGUACUGCCAUGGCAUGUACCAGUUUCUCACAGCGCUGGAACGCGGUGUACACAUCGUAAAUCUGGACCCGGCCAAUGACACUGUACCAUAUCCAUGCGACAUUUCUCUGUCUGAGUUAAUAUCUGUCCGCGAUGUGAUGGCCGAGCUGGACUUGGGCCCGAAUGGCGCCAUGCUGUAUUGUAUGGAGUACUUGGAACACAACUUUGACUGGCUGGAAGAGCGCCUAGCGCGCUUAGAGCAUGACUAUGUGCUAUUUGAUAUUCCAGGUCAAGUAGAGCUAACGACGAAUCACCCGAGCUUGAAGCGCAUUCUUGAGCGACUGCAGAAGCAGGAGUGGCGCCUGGUGGCCGUGCAUUUGUCAGAUGCGACGCACCUCGUUGAUCCAUCGCGGUACAUUGCGCUUCUUCUCUUGGCACUACGCGCGAUGCUCAUGCUCGAGCUGCCCCACAUCAAUGUGCUCAGCAAGAUGGAUUUGCUAGACGAGGAACAGCAAGAAAGUCUACCGUUCUCUCUGGACUAUUAUACCGAAGUACAAGACUUGCACUACUUGACAGACUAUCUCGGUGAGACACAGCCGCGCCUCGCCCGCAUGUGUGAAGUGCUCGGCGAGGUCGUCGAGGACUUUGGCCUCGUCUCCUUCGAGACCUUAGCGGUGGAGGACAAGGCGUCCAUGCUGCAUAUAGUGGAGGUGCUUGAUCGCGCCAUUGGCUAUGUAGCGGAGGGAGCCGCAUAA